AUGGAAUGUUCCCCAUGGCUCGUAACUUUGUCCCGCGCAAUUUCUCUAUUUUUAUGGGCUCUCGGAGCAAUUUCUCAUAUAUUUGCACUAAUUGUUGUGAUUCGAAUUUUUAAAAAUUAUCACCCAUUUUUCAUGUGAGUCGAAAUUUAACUUUUCCGACUUCAAAACGUAUUUUUUUCAGAAUAUUCUAUCUUUUAAUGAUUUUAACACGAAUUUUAAGUGCAUCUGUCAAAACGUAUGGCUAUAUUUAUAUUUUGGUAUUUUCUAAGAAUAGCAAUGUUCCUGAUUAUGUCACAGAUCUCCUAUGGAUCGCUAAAUUUUCCACGCAAUCUGCAGCUUUGGGUUGUAUUUUUGAGAGAGGAUAUGCCACGUAUUAUGCGAAAUCAUAUGAAAAUUCGAAGAAACGAGGAAUUGUUUUGGUUUUGAUUGGUGUGACAGUGAGUUUGAACUUGGAAAUCUGAAUACAGGAUUCAAAGAGUCCCAUAGCAGGAACCAUUUAAAAUUUCAGAUAUUUGUAACUGGUUUCGAAUUCAUAAACAAUGGCUCAAAUGAUGUUGGUCGAAAAAUAACUACAGUAACCUAUGGUUUUAUAAUGACACUUUUCACAGUGAUUUUGAUUAUUUGCAAUCGAGUUUUAAUGAUAAAAUCACAUGCAAAAACAAAAUUAUCAGAAAGAUAUCAAUUAGUGGAAAAUGUUAAAGCUUUGAGGUUCGGAAAAUUUUAUGAAAGGGACUUUUUCAAAAAAUUAAUUUCAGACUCCUCCUCCCAUUUAUUAUGGCAAUUUCAAUAAAUGCAAUUUUCCUAUCCGCAGCUAUAAUUUUAUUCAACGUUGAUACAGUUUUUAAUUUAUCACAAUGUCAAAAUUUUCAUUAUUAUAUUCCAGUUUUCUAUUUAAUUUUACUGGUAAGAAUGUUUUUCUAUUUUUCAUUAUCAAAAAAAUUCUCACAGCAAACAACUUCGCUUAAUUUUGUGGCUCCACUUUUGAUUUGCUUACGUUACAAAUAUUGUUUUGGAUUUGGAUGUGAACGAGAUUUUGAGAAAAAAGAAGAGGGACAGGUAAUUUGGAAGACUUUUGAAUAAUACAAAACAGAAACAUUUAGAUUCGAAAUAUUUUGAGUGUCAAAAUUGCUGAUAAUACAAAAUCGCAGAAUGAGGAAUAUUUCAAACAGUAUAAAAAUCAAUGGGAAAAACAAUAG